GCUCUUGAGUAGAAGACACCACAUCCCGGGUGACCCGUGUUGGAAUUGCUGGUUUAGGUGGUCUCCGGUGUCCACCACUAUGGCCUGGACAAAGUACCAGUUGUUCCUGGCCGGGCUCAUGCUGGUCACCGGCUCCAUCAACACGCUUUCGGCAAAAUGGGCGGACAACUUCAAAGCUGAGGGCUGUGGAGGAAGCCAGGAGCACAGCUUCCAGCAUCCCUUCGUCCAGGCAGUGGGCAUGUUCCUGGGAGAGUUCUCGUGCCUUGCUGCCUUCUACCUGCUCAAAUGCCGAGCCAGAAGGCACUCAGACUCCAGCGUAGAGCCCCGGCAGCCCUUCAACGCCCUACUUUUCCUGCCCCCAGCCCUAUGUGACAUGACUGGGACUAGCAUCAUGUAUGUGGCCCUGAACAUGACCAGUGCCUCAAGCUUCCAGAUGCUGCGGGGUGCAGUGAUCAUCUUCACAGGCCUGCUCUCAGUGGCCUUCCUGGACCGGAGGCUGGUACCAAGCCAGUGGCUGGGCAUCCUGAUCACUAUCGCGGGACUGGUGGUCGUUGGCCUGGCUGACCUCCUGAGCAAGCAUGACAGUCAACACAAGCUCAGUGAAGUAAUCACAGGUGACUUGUUGAUCAUCAUGGCCCAGAUCAUCAUUGCCAUCCAGAUGGUGCUAGAGGAGAAGUUUGUCUACAAACACAACAUCCACCCACUCCAGGCAGUGGGCAUCGAGGGCUUCUUCGGCUUUGUGAUCCUCUCCCUGCUGCUGGUGCCCAUGUACUACAUCCCCACUGCCUCCUUUAGUGGAAACCCUCGUGGGGUGCUGGAAGACGCUCUGGAUGCCUUCUGCCAGGUGGGCCGGCAGCCCCUGAUCGCCCUGGCUCUGCUGGGUAACAUCAGCAGCAUUGCCUUCUUCAACUUUUCGGGGAUCAGUGUCACCAAGGAACUGAGCGCCACCACCCGCAUGGUGCUAGACACCCUGCGCACCGUGGUCAUCUGGGCCUUCACCCUCGCACUGGGCUGGGAGGUCUUCCAUCCACUGCAGAUCCUUGGUUUCCUCAUCCUCCUUAUGGGCACCGCCUUGUACAACGGGCUGCACCGACCACUGCUAGCCUGCCUGUCCAGACGCUGGCGACACCCUACCCAGGAGGGAGAGCAAGAGAGACUGCUGGGUGACAGCCGGACUCCCAUAAAUGAGGCCAGCUGAGCUGCAGUGGGAUCUCUACUGCCACCAGAUGGUUGAGGCCAUGCAGACCGGUGGGCUGUGAGUGCCCUGUCCCAAGGCCUCACCCCACCCAUCCCUACUGACCCCACUGCACAGUUGCUGCCGGAGAGGAUGGGAGGACACCAGGUCCUGCUUUAUUCCUGAGGCCUGAAAUAUUGGGACCCAGCCCCCACAGGCUCAGCUAUGGCAACCACCCUCAGCCUCCCAGUUCUGCUGCACUAGAACAAAAUUGCGAACUUGAAUGGCAAGAAAUUACAACCCUAGUAUUUCUGUUACACACUAACUUGUGGUAGAAUAUCUAGCUUCUGAACCGUAAGCUACAGAGAAGUCAGCGAACAGGUUCAAACCAGAACUAAGAGACUAUUCUGCAAAGCCUGUCUAAAAACCUGGUUUCUGGCUCAGCUGCAGGCUCUGUGCAUGCCCAGGUCUGUGCUUUGCAGCACAGGUGUACAUAAAGUGUCCUUGGUGCCUUGCAGCCCCAGCAUCCUGCGGGCCUCUGAUUGUCACUGGUAUGAGAAAAGAGUAGCACACCAGUACUCCUCCUCCCCAUGGUGGGCUCUUUGAUAUUUUUAUUUUGGUUUGGCUUGGGGUUUUUGCCAUUACAUGGCCCUGGCUAUCCUGAAACUCAUGAUGUAGACCAGGCUAACCUCAAACUCACAGAGAUUCACCUACUACUUCCUCAGUGCGGAUUAAAGGUGUACAUCAUCAUGCCCAACA